AUGAGUGACUUUGGUGGAUUAGGCAUAGUACUAGAAGAAACUGAAGAACAAAGACGACAUACUAGUACCAGUAUACCCAGAGCAAUAGAAUUCCAACAGCAACAACAACAGCAACAACAACAUCCACUAGCACGACUGCUGCUACCAUCCGAUGAUGAAGACCUCAACUACAUUGAUAGUCACACUAGUGCACAUCAUUUGUCACUAAGUCUGCGAUCACAUCUGCAACAACUGCAACAACUGCAACAACUGCAACAACUGCAACAACAACAAUCACCGCAUCAAAGAUUCAGUACUAUAUCGAGACAGUCAAGUACUACAAGUUUAUCUAAUAUGCCCCACAGAUCAUCAACUCAGGCAUUACCAACUAAGGUAUCCACAACCUUGCAAUCACCACAGCCUUCAUUAUCAAUAAACACUUCAACACCAGCAACGCCAGUAGUUAACACACCAGCAAUGAAUGCAGGGAUAUUGCCACCGCCUUCACCAGCACAAUUGCAGAAACUUCAGCAACAGCAGCAACAGCAGCAGGAGCAGCAGCAGCAACAGCAGCAACCACAACUGCAAUCACAACUGCAACCACAAACUACUCCUUCAGAUAGUCUAGAAAUCCUUUUGCCUCCAUUACCGGAUGCCAUUGAAGAUUUAAAAUCUCCCUUAAGUACUACACAACACACCAUAUCCACGAGUGGUAAUGAUGAUCUACAUUCAACAUUGUCACUGGCUUCUCAUGACAAUAAUAACCUCCACACAAACGAAAAUAAUGACUACAAUAACGAUGGUGGUGAUGAUGAUGCAAGCACAAACUAUAGUAUCUACUCCACUGAGUUUAAUCACAUUUAUCAGAAUGGUAAAAGUUCAUAUUCAAACUAUGCAUUGGAUUCUCCUACAUUUUUAAUAGAUCAACAGCAACAGCAGCAGCAGCAGCAAGCACAGACUCAGACUAUGCAGUACUUUCCAACACUACUGAAGCUGUCUCAUCUUCCAUCAAAUUCAAAUUUAAGUGAUUCAGCUGCUGUUUCCUCCUUGGGGGGCUUUACUGGAUCUAGCACUCAAUUAUCCACAUUCAACUCCAAUAGUAAGGUAUCUCAAACUAUUUCAUCUUCAUCAAAUACUUCGUCAACACCAACAGAAAAGACUAGUCCUUUGAAACGAUUGAAAAAUUUGAAAAAUGGAAUACGAAAAUUGUCAUUGGGAAGUAAUUCUGGUAACAACAACAAUACCAACAACGAUUCCGCUGUCAAUGCUUCUUCAUCAUCGACUCCAACAAACAUUAAACCAGCUACAUUUUCAACCAUUAGCUCAAUCACAGCAAAUCCUUUUCCUACAAGACCACUGUUGAGUCCUUUACAGACUGAUGAUAGAAACACACCAGUUACUAUUACAAACACAAGCACAGCUAGAACAAUAACACCACCAACCAGUAUCAAAUCAGUGCCAAUAUCAAAUACAGUUACCAAUAGUAUUACCGGCCAAUUAAGUCAAUUUCAACAACCACAACAAAGACAUAGUCAACAUCAACACAACAACUCAUCAUCAUCAACAUCAACAACCUCUUCAUUGACAUCAAUGCUUCGUGCCAAGAGAUCCCGUGCUUGUAGUCAAGGUACAGCAAAUGCCACUUUCACACCAAUUACUCCGCCACCUUUAUUGACAUCGCCAAUUAUUACAUUUAGUGAAAAUUUACAAUCAACAAAGGCAACAUUGAGUAAUAUCGAACAAAAUUAUUUCGACUGUUUAGCAGCAGCUCAAACUCAGGGACAAUUACAAGGGCAAGUUGCAUCUAGUACUGCUUCGACACCAGCAACUACCGCCAGAACUACUAGAAUAUCAUCAUCUGCGUCAAUGGGUAAAAUUGCUUCUUCAACAGGAACAUCUUUCAAUACAACAACUACUCAACAACAGCAAGCACCACAACAACAUGCAUCCACCACACAAGUAAACUCGAUUGAAGAAAUGACAAGUAUUGAAGAUUUACUCAACUAUUCCGAUUUUCUUACAAAUCAAAAACGUUCCAUUGAUGAUGUAUUUCAAAAAACCAAGGAAAAAUUAGAUGCAUCUGGUUGGUGUUCACAAUAUGAUUUACAUAAUUUACAAUUACAACAAGAUAGUUCAAGAUGUCAAAUUGAUACUUUAAUCUUGAAAAUUGAAGAACGAUUGAAUCGUGAUUUCAAUUUUUCUAUGUUGAAUGAUGACACUACUGAACACUAG